CCGCCCGCCCGCCCGCCCGCCGCGCCUCGGGGCCCGGCCCCGCGCCCGCCCCUCUCCCCCUGCCCCGCUUCCUUCACCCCUUUCGAGCCCCCCGCUCGCCUCGCGCCCGCGGCCCCACCAUGUCUGGCGGCGCCGCUGAGAAGCAGAGCAGCACCCCGAGCUCCCUGUUCCUCUCGCCCCCGGCGCCUGCCCCCAAGAAUGGCUCCAGCUCCGACUCCUCGGUGGGGGAGAAACUGGCCACCGCGGGGAGCGACGCGGCCGCGGGCAGGACCGAGGAGUAUCGGCGUCGCCGCCACACUAUGGACAAGGACAGCCGUGGGGCGGCCGCCACCACGACCACCACGGAGCACCGCUUCUUCCGCCGCAGCGUCAUCUGCGACUCCAACGCCACCGCGUUAGAGCUGCCCGGCCUCCCUCUUCCUCUCCCGCAGCCCAGUGUCGCCGCGGCCGUGCCUCCGAGCGCUCCCGCCGAGCCCCACCGCGACGAGCCCUUGACGGCCACCGCCGCUGCCCGGGUCGCCGUGUCGCCGCCGGUCGCUGCCGUGCCGGGGGAAGCCGCCCCCUCGGGUCCCGUCGUCUCGCCCGCGCCCAGCAGUACGAGCAAAGAGCGCCAAGUGUCCCAGCCCAACCAUGUGGGGAGCAAGGAGGAGCCUCCGUCGGCGAGAAGUGGCAGCGGCGGCAGCGCCAAGGAAGCCCCGGAGGAACGGAGCCAGCAGCAGGAUGACAUCGAGGAGCUGGAGACCAAGGCGGUGGGGAUGUCCAAUGACGGCCGCUUCCUCAAGUUUGACAUCGAGAUCGGCAGAGGCUCUUUCAAGACAGUCUACAAAGGUCUGGACACGGAAACCACAGUGGAGGUCGCCUGGUGUGAGCUACAGGAUCGAAAGUUAACAAAGUCUGAGAGGCAGAGAUUUAAAGAGGAGGCUGAAAUGUUAAAGGGUCUGCAGCAUCCCAAUAUUGUUCGAUUCUAUGAUUCCUGGGAAUCCACAUUAAAAGGAAAGAAGUGCAUUGUGUUGGUGACUGAACUUAUGACAUCUGGAACACUUAAGACAUACCUGAAAAGGUUUAAAGUGAUGAAGAUCAAAGUUCUAAGAAGCUGGUGCCGCCAGAUCCUGAAAGGACUCCAGUUUCUUCAUACUCGAACUCCACCUAUUAUUCACCGUGAUCUGAAAUGUGACAACAUCUUUAUCACUGGCCCUACAGGCUCAGUCAAGAUUGGAGACUUAGGUCUGGCAACCUUGAAGCGAGCUUCUUUUGCCAAGAGCGUGAUAGGUACCCCAGAGUUCAUGGCUCCUGAGAUGUAUGAGGAGAAAUAUGAUGAAUCCGUUGACGUUUAUGCUUUUGGAAUGUGCAUGCUUGAGAUGGCCACAUCUGAAUACCCUUACUCAGAGUGCCAAAAUGCUGCGCAGAUCUACCGUCGAGUGACCAGUGGAGUGAAACCAGCCAGUUUUGACAAAGUAGCAAUUCCUGAAGUGAAGGAAAUUAUUGAAGGAUGCAUCCGACAAAACAAAGAUGAAAGAUACUCUAUCAAAGACCUUUUGAACCAUGCCUUCUUCCAGGAGGAAACGGGGGUACGGGUAGAACUAGCAGAAGAAGAUGAUGGAGAAAAAAUAGCCAUUAAAUUAUGGUUGCGUAUUGAAGAUAUUAAGAAAUUGAAGGGAAAAUACAAAGACAAUGAAGCUAUUGAGUUUUCCUUUGACUUGGAAAGAGAUGUACCAGAAGAUGUUGCUCAGGAAAUGGUGGAAUCUGGGUAUGUUUGUGAAGGUGAUCACAAGACUAUGGCAAAAGCCAUCAAAGAUAGAGUGUCAUUAAUUAAGAGGAAACGAGAACAGCGCCAGUUGGUGCGAGAGGAGCAAGAGAAAAGAAAGCAGGAAGAAAGCAGUCUCAAACAGCAGGUAGAACAACAAGCAAGUACUUCUCAGGCUGGAAUCAAACAGGUCCCUUCUGUUGGCACCGGGAUACCUACUGCCUCCACCACUUCUGCUUCAGUUUCUACACAAGUAGAACCCGAAGAACCUGAAGCAGAUCAGCAUCAACAACUGCAGUACCAACAACCUAGUAUAUCUAUAUUAUCUGAUGGGACAAUUGACAGUGGUCAGGGAUCGUCUGUUUUUACAGAAUCUCGAGUGAGCAGCCAACAGACAAUUUCUUACGGAUCACAACAUGAACAGGCACAUUCUACUGGCACAAUCCCAGGACAUACAGCUUCUGUUGUCCAAGCACAAUCUCAGCCCCAUGGGGUAUAUCCAUCCUCAAGUAUGCCUCGUCGUGGCCGUAGCAUGUCGGUUUGUGUUCCCCAUCUUUCUGCUGUUCCCUCUCUGUCCCGCAUCUCUCCCAGUGCUCCUUCCACCCCACUACCAGUGCUGUCUGCACCUCUUUCUCCUUCCCUCCUUCGGACUGCCCCUGAGGAAACUUUUGCCGAAAAGCUUUCUAAAGCAUUGGAGAGUGUCCUGCCUAUGCACUCUGCCUCUCAGCGCAAGUACCGACGCUCCAGCCUGCCUUCCCUCUUUCCUCAGUCCAUGGCGCAUCCGUGUGGGGGGACCCCAACAUACCCAGAAUCACAGAUAUUUUUCCCAACUAUUCAUGAACGUCCAGUUUCCUUUUCACCACCUCCCACCUGCCCACCGAAGGUGGCCAUUUCCCAGCGACGUAAGAGCACCUCCUACCUGGAAGCCCAAACCCGACACUUCCAACCCCUGCUGAGGACUGUUGGCCAAAAUCAUCUUCCACCUGGUGGCAACCCAACUACCUGGACACCAGAGGCAGUAGUUAUGUUGGGUACUACAGCCAGUAAAAUAACUGGAGAGCCAUGUGAGAUACAGGUUCAGCCUAUGUUUGAACCAACUCAAGUUUACAGUGACUAUAGACCUGGACUAGUACUUCCAGAAGAAGCUCACUAUUUUAUUCCUCAGGAAGCAGUAUAUCUAGCUGGGGUACAUUACCAGGCCAAAAUGGCAGAACAGUAUGAGGGUAUUCCCUACAACUCACCAGUACUGUCAAGUCCUAUGAAACAGACACCUGAACAGAAGCCAGUCCAAGGGGGCCCUACCUCAAGUUCUGUCUUUGAAUUUCCAUCUCAACAGGCUUUCCUGAUAGGACACCUUCAGAAUUUAAGAUUAGAUUCUGGAUUGAAUUCAGGAUCUCCCCUGUCUAGUAUUUCUGCACCUAUCAGUACUGAUGCUACACGUUUGAAAUUUCACCCUGUCUUUGUUCCUCAUUCUGCACCUGCUGUGUUAACUCAUAACAAUGAGAGCAGAAGCAAUUGUGUUUUUGAGUUUCAUGUUCACACACCAAGCUCCUCUUCAGGAGAAGGAGGAGGAGUUUUACCUCAGCGUGUUUACAGAAGUCAACAGGUUACAGUGGAUUUGAAUCAGGAAGAACCAUCUCCUCAAUCAGUUGGAUUACAUGGCCGCCUGCAGCCUGUGACUGAAGAACAUCAUAAUUACAUUGCCCCAGAGUUGACCGUUUCUGUGGUAGAAUCUGUCGGACAGAACUGGCCAAUAGGAAGCCCAGAAUAUUCCAGUGAUUCCUCACAAAUUACUUCUUCAGACCCCAGUGAUUUUCAAUCACCUCCCCCUACUGGGGGAGCAGCUGCACCUUUUGGCUCUGACGUCUCAUUACCCUUUAUCCGUCUGCCUCAGACAGUGUUACAAGAAUCCCCACUUUUCUUCUGUUUCCCCCAAGGAACCACAUCUCAGCAGGUCUUAUCUGCCUCAUUUUCUUCAGGAGGAUCUACACUCCAUCCACAGGCACAGGGGCAGAGUCAAGGUCAGCCAUCUUCAAGUAGUUUAACAGGGGUUCCAUCUUCCCAAUCCAUACAACAUUCUCAGCAGCAGCAGGGAAUACAACAGACAGCCCCUCAGCAACAGACCGUGCAGUAUUCACUUCCACAGACGUCAGCUUCCAGUGAGGCCACUACUGCACAGCCAGUGAGUCAGCCUCAAACUCCACAGGUUAUGACUCAAGUAUCAGUGGGAAAACAGCUUCCAGUUUCCCAGCCAGUACCAACUAUCCAAGGCGAACCUCAGAUCCCAGUUGCAACACAACCCUCUGUUGUUCCAGUCCACUCUGGUGCUCAUUUCCUCCCUAUGGGACAGCCAGUCCCUACACCCAUACUCCCUCAGUAUCCUGUCUCUCAAAUUCCCAUAUCAACUCCUCAUGUGUCUGCAGCUCAGACAGGUUUCUCAUCCUUGCCCAUCACAAUUGCAGCUGGCAUUAAUCAGCCUCUGCUCACCUUGGCUUCAUCUGCUACAGUAGCUGCAAUCCCAGGGGGAACAACUAUGGUUCAUAGUCAGCAUCCUACCCUUCUGCAGCCUGUGACCCAACUACCAAGUCAGGUACACCCACAGCUCCUGCAACCAGCAGUUCAGUCCAUGGGAAUACCAGCUAACCUUGGACAAGCUGCUGAGGUUCCACUUCCCUCUGGAGAUGUACUUUACCAGGGCUUCCCACCUCGACUGCCAUCACAAUACCCAGGAGAUUCAAAUAUUGCUCCCUCUUCCAGCGUGGCUUCUGUUUGCAACCCUUCUACAGUUCUGUCCCCUCCCAUGCCUACAGAAGCUUUGGCUGCACCAGGUUACUUUCCUACAGUGGUGCAGCCAUUUGUGGAGUCAAACCUUUUGAUUCCAGUGGGCAGUAUAGGAGGACAGGUUCAAGUAUCCCAACCAGCAGUGAGUUUAGCACAACAAGCCCCCACAACAUCCUCCCAGCAAGCAGCUCUGGAGAGCGCUCAGGGAGUCUCUCAGGUUGUUUCUUCAGAGCCAGUUCCAGUAGCACAGCCACAACCCACUCAGCCUACCACACUGGCCUCGUCUAUAGAUAGUGCACAUUCAGAUGUUGCUUCAGGUAUGAGUGAUGGCAAUGAGAAUGUCCCAUCAUCCAGUGGACGACAUGAGGGUAGAACUACUAAACGGCAUUAUCGAAAAUCUGUAAGAAGUCGCUCUCGACAUGAAAAAACUUCACGCCCAAAAUUAAGAAUUUUGAAUGUUUCAAAUAAAGGAGACCGUGUAGUAGAAUGUCAGUUAGAGACUCAUAAUCGAAAAAUGGUUACAUUCAAAUUUGAUUUAGAUGGUGACAACCCAGAGGAGAUAGCAACAAUUAUGGUGAACAAUGACUUUAUCCUAGCAAUAGAGAGAGAGUCAUUUGUGGACCAAGUGCGAGAAAUUAUUGAAAAAGCGGAUGAAAUGCUCAGUGAGGAUGUCAGUGUGGAAACAGAGGGUGACCAGGGGUUGGAAAGUCUACAGGGAAAGGACGACUAUCCCUUUUCAGGUUCUCAAAAAUUGGAAGGAGAGUUCAAACAACCAAUACCUGCAUCUUCCCCACCACAGCAAAUAGGCAUUCCUGCCAGCUCUUUAACUCAAGUUGUUCAUUCUGCUGGAAGACGAUUUAUAGUGAGUCCUGUGCCUGAAAGUCGAUUACGAGAAUCAAAGGUUUUUAGCAGUGAAGGAUCAGAUAUGGUUGCUGCCUCUGCUACGUCUCAGGGUGGAAUGAACUUGUCUCACUCUGCUUCAUCCCUGAGUUUACAGCAGGCCUUUUCUGAACUUAAACAUGCCCAACUAGCUGAAGGACCCAGUACAGCACCUCCCAAUUUUAGUCACACAGGACCAACUUUUCCAGUAGUAACUCCUUCCAUGAGUAACAUUUCUGGAGUCCCAGUCCCAGCAGUAGCUGUACCUUCAGUAUCAGUCCCUGCAACAAACAUCUCUCUUAGUGAUGUCUCUCCAUCAGUCAUUCAGUCUGAGAGCACAGUGCCCACUGAAAAAGGGAUUGCUGGGGUUGGCCCUGGCACAAGUGUAGUAACUUCAAGUGUUCCCCCUAUACCACCUGCAUCUGAAUCACCAGUACUUUCCAGUGUGGUUUCAAGCACCACAGUACCUACAGUUGUGUCUGUAUUGACAACUCAGUCAGUUCAGGCUCCCAUAUCUGGAAGCAUUGUUUCCAGUAUAGGAAAUUUCUCUAUUCCAGUUUCAACACCUUCAGCCUCUGUGGUGGGCAUUGCUGCCACUGCAGGUGCUAAGCCUCCGCCUGUAUUAUCUCAGCAGACAACAGGCAGCACUACUGGGGUAGCCACACUGACAUCAGUUUCUACCGCUACUCCGUUCCCAGGCGUGGUUUCACAGCCAUCCUUUCACCUUAGUAGCAGCACCUCCGCUCCUACUCUAGCUGAAACGGUGGUGGUUAGUGCACACUCACUAGAUAAAACAUCUCAUAGCAGUGCAACUGGAUUGGCUUUGCCCCUUUCUGCAUCAUCUUCCUCUUCCUCCGCUGGAACAGGAGUAUCUGGUUCUGUUUCUCAGCCUAGCGGGUUGCACCCUUUGGUUGUCCCAUCAGCAGUAUCUUCUACUCCUGUUCUUGCCCAAGCAGCACCUGCUUGUACACCUUUAUUAUCCCAGGUUCCUAGUAUCCCACCCUUGGUACAACCUAUUGCCAAUGUGCCUGCUGUACAGCAGACACUCAUUCAUAGUCAGCCUCAACCAGCUUUGCUUCCCAACCAGCCUCAUACUCACUGUCCUGAAAUAGAUGCUGAUACACAACCUAAAGCUCCUGGUAUUGAUGACAUAAAGACUCUAGAGGAAAAGCUACGAUCUCUCUUUAGUGAACACAGUUCAUCUGGAGCUCAACAUGCCUCUGUGUCCCUGGAGACUUCACUGGUAGUAGAGACCGCAGUCCCACCAGGCAUACCAACAACUGCUGUUGCACCAAGCAAACUCAUGACUUCCACUACAAGUACUUGUUUACCACCUACCAGUUUGCCAGUAGGAACACCAGGUUUGUCAGUUAUACCAGCGGUCACACCUGGACAAGUUUCUACCCCAGUCAGCUACAUUUCAGCCUCAGUCAGCACUGCAGCAGGAGUGAAACCUGGAACUGCACCAUCAAAGCCACCUUUAACUAAGACUCCAGUGCUGCCUGUUGGUACUGAACCUUCAACUGGUGCCCCACCCAGCGAGCAGCUGCCACCUUUUCCAGGACCUUCACUAAAUCAGUCCCAGCAACCUCUGGAAGAUCUUGAUACUCAGUUGAGAAGAACACUGAGUCCAGAGUCUAUUGCGGUGACAUCUACAGUUGGUCCUGUGCCGGUGGUGGCGCCAACAGCAGUUAUAGAAACAGGAGGCCAGCCUCAGAAGGACGUUUCUCAAGUCUCAGAAGGUUCUGUCCUUUCAACCAGUUCAGGAACUGGUGUUUUUCAGACGGGGCGAUUUCAGGUUUCAGUCACAAUGGAUGACACACAGAAAGGGGGUAAAAGUAAGCCAGAAGAUACAAAGUCUGUUCACUUUGAAUCCAGCACUUCUGAGUCCUCAGUGCUAUCAAGUAGUAGUCCAGAGAGUACCCUGGUAAAACCAGAGCCUAAUGGGUUAACCAUCCACGUUGCUUCAGAUAUGCCAGAUAGUGCCCACAAAAUCCCUGCCUCAGAAACAAAGACAGAAACUGGACAACCCACCAAGGUUGGACGAUUUCAGGUGACAACUACAGCAAACAAGGUAGGUCGUUUCUCUAUAUCAAGAACUGAAGAUCAGAUUGGUGAGGCAAAGAAAGAGGUACCAGUGACAUCUCCUCCGUCUGUGGAUUUGGAACAAACUGCCCUUCCUGCUGUGAUACCAAAGAAAGAAAAGUCGGAACUCUCAGAUCCUGCCCAUCUGAACGGACCAUCUUCUGACCUAGAAACAGCUUUCCUAAGUAGAGAUGUGGAUGAUGGUUCAGGUAGUCCACACUCGCCUCCUCAAGUACUCUCAAAGAGCCUGCCUAUCCAGAACCUAAGUCAAAGCCUUAGUAAUUCAUUCAAUUCCUCUUACAUGAGUAGUGACAAUGAGUCAGACAUCGAAGAUGAAGACUUAAAAUUAGAACUGCGACAACUAAGAGAAAAACAUCUUAAAGAGAUUCAAGACCUGCAGAGUCGCCAGAAACAUGAAAUUGAAUCUUUGUAUACCAAACUGGGCAAGGUUCCACCUGCUGUCAUUAUUCCCCCAGCUGCCCCACUUUCAGGGAGAAGAAGGCGACCAACUAAAAGCAAAGGCAGCAAAUCUAGUCGUAGCAGUUCCUUGGGGAAUAAAAGUCCCCAGCUUUCAGGUAACCUGUCUGGCCAGAGUGCAACUUCCGUCCUACAUCCCCAGCAGACCCUCCAUGCUCCUGGGAAUAUCCCAGAGACUGGGCAGAAUCAGCUGUUACAGCCCCUUAAGCCAUCUCCCUCCAGUGACAACCUCUUCUCAGCCUUCACAAGUGAUGGUGCCAUUUCAGUACCAAGCCUUUCUGCUCCAGGCCAAGGCUGUGCGAAGUUUAACUGUGCAUCUGAGCAGGUGACAUUCAAACCUGGUGGCAGGAGGACCCGAUUUCUGAGUACGCCCUGCUUGGCUCUUUGGAAGAUGGUGAAAAAAGUCUGUCCUUGCAACCAGCUCUGUAUGUGCCCUCCAGCAGAGCCGAAAUCAGGGACCAGCAGCACAAACACUGUCGGGGGGCCAGUGAACAGCCAAGCUGCCCAAGCUCAGCCACCUGCCAUGACAUCCAGCAGGAAGGGCACAUUCACAGAUGACCUGCACAAGUUGGUGGACAACUGGGCCCGAGAUGCCAUGAAUCUUUCAGGCAGGAGAGGAAGUAAAGGGCACAUGAAUUAUGAGGGCCCUGGAAUGGCAAGGAAGUUCUCUGCACCUGGUCAGCUGUGCAUCUCCAUGACCUCAAACCUGGGUGGCUCUGCCCCCAUCUCUGCAGCAUCAGCUACCUCUCUAGGUCACUUCACCAAGUCUAUGUGCCCCCCACAGCAGUACGGUUUUCCAGCUCCCCCCUUUGGCGCUCAGUGGAGUGGGACCGGUGGCCCAGCACCACAGCCACUUGGGCAGUUCCAACCUGUGGGAACUGCCUCCUUACAGAAUUUCAACAUCAGCAAUUUGCAAAAAUCCAUCAGCAACCCCCCAGGUUCCAACCUGCGGACCACUUAGUCAGACCUAGAGACAUUAACCAAAUAGAUUUGGGGGCAGAAGAUGGAAUGCUGAGGGGUGGGUGGGAGGGGGGAUGGGAAAGUAGCCUAUAUACUAACUACUAGUGCUGCAUUUAACUGGUUAUUUCUUGCCAGAAAGGAAUGUUUUUAAUACCGCUAGAGCCCUCAAAAUGGAGAAAUUCCCUCCCUUUGCCAUUUAUUGGAGUGGAACAAAAAGGAAAUAACAGCUUUCUUGUGAUAGGGCAGCUUUGAACUAUGCUUUUAUGUUUAUCAAUACCCAAAAAUGAGGGCUAGUUAAGAUAAUUUUAUUAGAAAGCUAAUGGAGAGCUCGAGUUAAAAAAACACACCCCAUCUGCAUAUCCAAGUGGAUAGAGCUCUUACAUUUUGGUACUUCCCCUUACCACCCCUUCCCCCAAAUACCUUACUCUUUUGAGAAUCUAAACCACAGAAAAUACAUCAUUGGGCGCUCUCCUACCCUGUAUACACCCCCACCCACUUUUUCUUUUUUUCUUUUUCUUUUAUUCUAUUUUUUGCUCUUUAGAACCCAGUGAAAAACACCAAGGAACUGAGGUUUCAACCCUUUCUUAUGAUAGGUCAUUAGUGCUUUAAGCAGACAAUAUUAGCAGCUUUGACUGCAGCAUUAGCAAUUAGGGAAAAAUAAUUAAGUUCCCUGCGGACAUGUAACUUUGCCAUCAGUUUUGAUGUGGAAACACUGUGAUAUAUAAAUGUUGUUGGACAACAGUAGUUUUAAGAGUAAAAUAUGAAAGGUUUAAAAAGUUGGGGAAAAAAAAAGCUAGCUCUGUCCUUUACUUAUUGAGACACUUUAACUUUUUCCUUUGUAUUUCCAUUGUAUUAGAUAAAUAAAUGUGAAUGUAAAAUUGUAUAAAUUACUGUACUUGAAUACUUCUGUUCUCCCAGUAUUGCUUGCUGGAUAUUUUAGUGCCUUGGACUUCUAUUGCUUCUGCCAUUAGCAUCAACUUCUCAUGAGAACCCAGAACAGCAAAGGGCAUGUGGUCCAUGGUGACCCCAGCAGUGGAUUAUGCCAAAGGGAAAUUGAAAGAGUAUUUCUUUUUAAGUCAUACAACAGUUUUGUCUAGAGCAGGUGUAAUAUGAGCAGAGUGAGAAGUUAAGUUGACACCAGUGGUUGAAAGCAGAAAGUUCUGUUUCAGGAACAGUGAGGAAGGGUAUGGAACAAAAUUGGGCAAUUAAAAAGAUUAUGGGUUGUGUAUGAUAAGUGAAUGAAAAAGGAAGACUAAACAAGAGAACAAACUUGAUUUAAAGAUAUGAGAUGCCUGGUCAAUGGUUGUCAUAAGCUUUAUUUAUUUGAGUUGGGCUUAAACCAGAUGAGACCUAGAAGAAAUGGCUGAGUAUUAAAGGAAGGGGGUGGGGGUUUAAUUAUUAAGAAGGAAAUGUGAUAGUAAGAAGUCACAGAUGGAGAAAGUUGCUCUAUGAAAAAUCUGAUUGCUUUCCUCUUGUUGGACAUGUAUCAUGCAUUUUUCAGCUUGGGGAUAUAUUUUGUAGAAAGUGAACCUACCCAUCCUAUAAGAUGUCCAGAUGGUUGCAGGAUCGUAUUCUGUCGUGCCACCUUAUUUUUUAAAUUGCAACUGAUAUUUUCACAUUUUCAUGUAAACAAAUAAUCCCCUUAAUAACUGCAACCAACCAGUAUUAUUUAGUACUAUGCCUAUUUGUAAUGGGCGGUUCUAUUAUUUUCAAGAGCUUUCAGGAAAUACUCUCCUAAUUGGCUAAGUUUGAGGUCUCUGGUAUCGCUGAAGAUCAGGAAAGAAGCCAGGAAUCUUAAUUUUGUGGGUGCUUCUUCUCUUGACUCGAGUUGGGAUAUUGACAAAUUUCCAACUUCUUACCCACCUCGAUGGCACAUCCCAGGAAUUACCACAUUAGGAAGACCGUGGUUGGCUAUCCUAUCCUGUCAUUCCUUGUUGGGCCCUGUUUUCUUUAUACUAACCUAGGUCCCAACUAUGCAAAUGAAAGCUGAACAUUGUAGAAAGGUGGAAAUUAAAAGGGGAGGGGUUCCAAACCCUACUUCAUAUUUCUCUACUUAUUUAUUCUCUGCUUACAAUUCUUGGGGAGUUACACAGAUAAAACAAAGAAGGUGCCAAGUAAAUGAAAAACAGACCACCUAAAACAAUACCUUUUACCAGAGGAUAGAGGAAGCCAAAUGCAGUACAUUACAGUUUUGUUAUUUUGGUUUAAUAACUUUGAGAUCUCUUCACUUGCACACAAAAGUAAGAACUGGUUUUAUUUACUGUUGAUUUAUUUUUCCCUCCUGUGGAUGAAAUAACUGAAGCCUAGAGGAAUGAACUAGUGCUACUGAACUGUUUAAAUUAUUUUUGUGUUAAUAGUACACUUUGAGUAUCUUUUUCCACAUUAAAAAAAUAUUUGAAUUAUAAAUGUUUUCCUUACAUUAUUUAACAAUGUACACUGUUUAAAAAAAAAAACUGAAUUUCAAACCUUGGGGGUUUCUCAGCAGCCGUUAAUUGUACAUUUUGCACUAACUCUGGGUGUUGCGCUUCUUGUAAGAUUGCGCUUUGUGCUUCAGUUUGUUACCUUUGUAGACUUAUUUAAUGAAACCAUUCAAAUAAACCAAACUUGCUUUUGUUGA